AUGGGCACUGUGGUGAUUCAAGCUGUCGUUGUGCUGACGAUGGUAGGGAUAACAUUUGGUCUUGUGGAAUCCCAUGUCAGCACGACAAGUAAUGCCAACCUCCGAACACUCCCAUGUUACUUUGCAUUAUUCAUACUAGCGCAACUCUUCCACCUUGUCUUGACCUUUGAUGCGUUAAGACUUCGUAACAUAAUACAAGUCAUUGGGUUGCUUCUUUUCCAAGGCGCCAUAACGAUCUUUGCUGGUAUCCAGAUUGAACAAACGCAUACGGCUCUCGUAACGAAUCCAGGUGCUAAUUGUCAGCAGUACUACGUGACGUGCUCAGGCCCCGGAUCUCUCUGGUCUGUUCUCGCCCCAUUCCAAGUAGUGACACCAGUAAUCUCCGGAGUCUCGUUCAUCAUCUUGUGUUACUUCGCGUGGAAACUGUACCACGAGUUUGGUUGGGCCGUUUUUCGCAUGGUAGGAGCCGACCCACAACUCAAGAACAUGUUCCGAUACUACCAAAUUAUGAUUGUCCUUCUGAAGUUCGACUACUUUGCCUUCAUCGGCGUGACAAUGCAACUGCUCAUUCUCGUUGUGACACAUAAUUCUGCUCAAUUCGUCCUCACGAUCAUCGCCUUGCCGGUUGUCUUCGUUCUGCUGCUCGCCUGUGGCGUGGCAGUAACAAAGGAGAUCAAAUGGCUGAUGUUGAUAUCGAUGGCCCUCAUGCUAACAUCAGAGGCGUAUUUCAUCUAUAAAUUUACUAGACUCUUCGAACCACAAACAAAGGGCGAGUAUGUCACCACACGGAAAACCUUGGGAGUGUUCCUUGGAGCAGCAUUCCUCCUCCUUCUCUCUACCUUCUGCGUGAGCAUCAAGUGCUUCCGUGACUUCAACAAAGGCCUGAAGAGUGGGAAAAUUCGUGACAAUAUUGAUCCGAUGGAAGGCGGGGAGCCUCUGAGGGAAAGGAUUUCGAUCGAAUGA